UUGGGCGCAGUGCAGCGCUGCGCAGCGCGGAGUAGGCAUGGCAGAUUCUAAGCGGCAACUCGUAGCUCGGCGUGUCCGGAGCUUCCCAGACUUCCCCAAGCCCGGGAUCUUAUUCCGGGACAUCAGCCCUUUGCUGAAGGACCCAGAAGCCUUCAGGGCUUCCAUCGAACUUCUGGCGGAUCAUCUGAAAGAAAAUCACAAGACCAAGAUAGAUUAUAUAGCAGGGUUAGACGCUCGAGGCUUCCUGUUCGGGCCCUCCCUGGCCCAGAAAAUGGGGAUCGGCUUCGUGCUGAUCCGCAAGCGCGGGAAGCUUCCGGGACCCACCAUCUCCACCAGCUACUCUCUGGAGUACGGCCAGGCAGAAUUGGAGAUGCAGGAAGAUGCCAUUGAGCCAGGCAAGAAGGUAGUGAUCGUGGAUGACCUGAUGGCCACCGGAGGUACCAUGGGAGCCGCCUGCAAGCUGCUGCACAGUCUGAAGGCCGACGUGCUCGAGGCCCUGACGCUGGUGGAGCUGACGUCCCUGAGGGGCCGCGAGAGGCUGGCCUCUGUGCCCUUCUUCUCCCUGCUGCAGUACGACUGAGGACGGCCAUCGCCCUGUGAUAGGCACUGACCCUGCAGCCUGCUGAGUGCCUCCAGACUCCCUGGGAGAGCCCAGGAAACCCUCUGGGCCUUCCAGUUCUUCCCCCUCCCAGCCAUGCGUCCUCCGCGCCUCCCUGCCUGGAGUAGAGGCCGGCUCCAGAGAAGAACUCUGCAUCCUGGAGGGGCCCCCAUAGCCACAGCCUCCACGCCUGGCCCCACCAGUCUCUUGACCCAAUACAGGGUUGCUUUUGUGGUUUAGAAUUUGGGGCACAACCAAUUGUGUCCAUUUCCUAGACCUGCCGGCCCCACUUGUGCCUGCCCAUAUGCCCAUCAUCUACAUGGCAGGAGGCGCCUGGGGAAAUGCUUCUGGGGUCCCCCACAUCAUGCCAAAUCAGACCCAGCAGGUGGAGUGACGCAGACUCUGGAGGGGCCCUAUCUGGUCUUGGGACUGCACUGCCUGCCAAGGGAUGAGGGCGCCAGCCUUCUAGGGAGACAAACCCCUGGAAGGGACAGACGGAUGGGAGCCUGAGGCAGCCCCUUCUCUGUAUCUGAUUAAAUAACUUAAUUCAAAA